AUGAUGGAUAACGGCAAGCAUCGUCAUAGCGGCUACUACGCUGAGGACGAGCUCUUGGAGAUCAACGAUGGCUCCAUCACUCGCUCCACCAAGUGGAAGGAUGACUGGGCUGCUUACCGCAAGUCGAGUUUCUGCUUCCUGGCCUAUGUCUUCCUGAUGGGUCUCUGCGUUCUCUCGGCCGUUAUUGGCAUUUCCUACGUCGCCAUCCGCAACGAGAUCCAGAGCAAGAACGCUGCCGACCAGGCUCAGGCUGCUGCCAUCGUUCCCCGCUUCCCUGUCAUGAACUUCCACGCUGGAUCCUACAACGGCACCCACUACUCGCUCAACCACACCCUCACCGCUGUCUCUACCGGUAUCUCAAUUGAUGUCUUGACCUCAACUGCUGUUCACUGCCCUGAGGAGACCGAGACCACCACUCAGCCCGCCAACCUGACUUCCGUGGAGUCCACGACUACCAUCAAGAAGACCCGCACCCAGACUCGCACUCACGAGCAGUCUCAGGGUACCACCGUGUCUCCUGCCUUGGGCGUCACCGGCACCCAGUCUGCUACCCAGUCCGUCGAUGUCAUCACCGAGUUCAUCACCACCUCUGUGACCAAGACCGCGAUCCAGACUGCCUCUGCUUCCUCCAUGAGCGUCUCUGAGUCCACCUCUCAGUCCACCUCUGAGAAGUCCAGCAUGUCCAGCUCUCAGGUCCAGAAGCCUUCCAUCGAGGUCUCUUCCGUCCUGGUUACCAAGACACAGACCGCCGUUGUGACUUCCGUGAAGCAGGUUACUUCCACGAUUGAGGAAGCUGUGGUCACCACGACUUACACCCCCACUUCCAUUCUCGUCUCGACCGUCUACAUCACCUCAGAGCCCCUCGCCACCUCGACUCAGGAGGCCCAGUGCUCCAUGGACGACCACACCGUCUACGUCACCGUCACCAAGACCGCUGAGCCCAGCUCCUCAGCCUCUUCCACUUCUUCCCUGACCAAGACAAAGACCAAGACCGUCUCCCCCUCUCCUUCAUCUGUCUCCGCCUCCAAGGCCACCGACACCGUUCUGAUUACCUACACCAUCACCAUCGACAGCUUCAAGCCUACCAGCACGAGCUCGUCUUCCGGCGCUGUCAGCGAGACCACUACGUCCGUCACCUCCGAGGCCAAGAAGACCUCCACGGUGGUCGUGAGACACACCAAGACAAUCUUCGAGACCGUUGUCGACGGCACCACUGUCGCUUACAGCACCACCGUCUCCUCUGCCCUUCCCCACGCCGCCUCUUCCGAGGUCAGCCAGGGCACCGGUGAUGCGACCACGACAGUCACUGACAUUGUCACCGAGACUCACCGCGCAUCUGCUUCCUCUGAUGCUACCACCACCGUGACCUCCUCUCUCACUGUCUCCCCCUUCAGCUCCACCUCCACUGUCAAGAAGACCAAGUCAAUUGAGACCACGAUCGUGCUCACCGAUCGCGCCACUCAGACUGUCACCGUCUACCCCACGCUGUCCCCCUUCCUCAACACCACCUCCUCUUCCGUCGAGGUCGUCACCGAGGUCGACAUCAGCACCCUCACCGUCACCGUCUCAGGCGAGGUCCAGACCUCCACGGUCGGCGUCCCCAAGAACGCUACCGCCACCCUCACCCUGAGCAAGACGGACGUGGUCACGACCGCCCUCUCCACCAUCACGGGCGUGUCCAACACCACCACCCUGACCACCCCCACCCCCGAGGUCACCAUCAACACCACGGUCUACAUCACCGGCUCCCCUGUGAAGUACACCAAGACCGAGGGUGUUGAGCUGCCCCUCUACCCCACGGGCGCCAACGGCACCAUUGCCACUCACCCCGCUGGCCCUGUCAAGCCCAGCCAGCCUGCCACCACCACCGCUCCCGUCUUCUCCUCUGCUGAGAAGCGCGCCGAGCCUGGUGUGGUCUUUGGUGCCGCCCUCGACCCCACCCAGAUGAACUGCCAGACUUGCCUGGUCCUGUUCGUCCUGGCCCUGCUGGUCCUCUUCUAA